AUGCAUAAUCUCCGUGAUUCGCUGCUCAGCCCUUCGCCGCGAGGCACCAUAUCAGAAUCUUUUCGCAUAGAUCAGGAGGACACGCGUCAGUGCAUCGCUCGGGGAGAAUUCAAGGAGAUUCGGAGCGCGGCUUUCAGUAACCGAACCUGGAUCACCACCUCCCGAUAUUGCGAGCUUGGAGAUGGUGUGGAUACGCUCGAAGAGUACAUUCAUUCCAUGUGGUAUAUGUACUACCAGCUCGGUCGGAAUAUCUCAUACGAGUCGCCCGACCAUGAGGGACUUGUCCUCGACAUCGUCCGCAUUCAAGGAAUGGGACCGCUGACUCGGCCCGCACGAGGAAAUUACGGUGUUGAUAUCGCACGAACUACCGAAGGAACACUGUGGAAUGAUCUACCCUUCUUGGCCACUGAUAUGACCAACUUCUGGAACAGCGACUUCCCGACGAUGUCGGGUGCACACAGACUCAACUUUGCCACUUUCCUGGCCAAACUGGCAUCAACUCGCGUCGGCAAGGAUAGGUUGUGCCAGAUUGCUCUCAUUCUAUUCCGUAACCUGUUUGAGGAGAGACAGGGACUUCGCAGCGGGCAGGAGUCGGAUGAUGAAGAUCGAAAGCGAAGCAUGCAGGAUCUUGAAAUUUUCCACUUGUUGCCAGCUGCCGUGGCUUGGCUCCGCCAUACGGGCCACAAUCUCAUUCUACUCUCAGAGGUCUAUUGGAACGAUUGCCCCAGUAUCAUCGGCAAGGGUGGCGAGAAGUUCAUCGAGUCAGAGCUUGGGCGGCGGUCACCCACUGGUUUCUCGCCAUGGAGAUACAUGUACUGGCUCAAACGACUUCAUGAAAUCCAGGAGGAGGCCAAAGAGGCCGAAGAGGAACUCUUAGAAGAGUACGCCACCGAUGCCAUUGAGUACAUGGUCAACACAGUCGAGCAACGAAACUCUGGAAUUUUAAGGGCAUACCUGAACGGUGGAGAUGCCUUGCAUCAGGAAAAACAUCUGCUUUGCCUGAAGAAUCUUUUGAAGAAUGAGGAUACGGAGGAUGAAGACUCGAAGGAUGACUCAAAGGAUGACUCGAAGGAUGGCGCAAAAUAA